AGUCAUGCGCCGAUGACAACCCUUGCGCAUAAAGUACGCGCCUGGGUGCGCGCCCUUCGACACCAGCAGCUUGAAGCUUUCCCUGUGGCGGUCAGGGGGAUUCGUCCCAGUCGCGCCAGUCUCAUGAUCAGCACCAUGGCUGGCUCCUCACACCGAAUAAAGCUUGGGCCGCUUGUCGCUGCCAUUGACCAGGGGACGAGUUCCACACGGUUCUUGGUCUUCAAUUCCAAAACGGCAGAACUCCUCAGCCACCAUCAGGUGGAAAUCAAACAGAGCUUUCCCAAAGAAGGAUGGGUGGAAGAGGACCCUAAAGAAAUCCUGCAGUCGGUGUACGAGUGCAUGGAGCGCACAUGUGAAAAACUCACCCAGCUUAACAUUGACAUCUCAAAUAUUAAAGCAAUUGGCGUGACCAACCAAAGGGAAACCACACUUGUUUGGGACAAGGAAACAGGCGAGCCCCUCUACAAUGCAAUAGUUUGGCUUGACCUGAGGACUCAAUCAACAGUUGAAAGUCUGAUUAACAAAACACCAGGGAAGAACAAAAACCACUUGAAGCACAAAACAGGUCUCCCAAUCAGCACUUACUUCAGUGCAGUGAAACUUCGCUGGCUGAUGGACAACGUAGAGGAGGUCCACAAAGCUGUUGUUUCUCACCGUGCCAUGUUUGGCACCAUCGACUCUUGGCUAAUUUGGUGUCUAACCGGCGGCAAGUCCAGUGGAGUCCACUGCACAGAUGUGACCAACGCCAGUAGAACCAUGCUGUUCAACAUUCACACUAUGGACUGGGACCCAGAGCUCUGCAAAUAUUUUGGCAUUCCAAUGGAAAUCCUGCCACGAGUGAGAAGCUCUUCAGAAAUCUACGGCCUCAUGAAGUCUGGAGCACUCUCCGGUAUUCCCAUUUCAGGGUGUCUUGGGGAUCAGUCGGCAGCGCUGGUCGGACAGAUGUGCUUCCAGGAUGGGCAGGCUAAAAACACGUAUGGAACAGGUUGCUUUUUGCUGCGCAACACUGGACCCAAGCCAGUAAUGUCUGACCACGGUCUUCUGACCACUGUGGCCUACAAACUGGGUCGAGACAAGCCUCCCUGCUAUGCAUUGGAGGGUUCAGUAGCCAUAGCAGGAGCUGUGGUCCGUUGGCUGCAGGACAAUCUUGGGAUCAUUGGAUCUUCUAAAGAGCUUGAAAAGUUGGCAGCGUCAGUUGGAACGUCGUAUGGGUGUUACUUUGUUCCUGCCUUUUCCGGCCUUUAUGCUCCUUACUGGGAGCCCAGUGCCAGAGGGGUCAUUUGUGGGUUAACCCAGUUCACCAAUAAGAGUCACUUAGCGUUUGCUGCACUGGAAGCUGUCUGCUUCCAAACAAGAGAGAUCCUAGAUGCAAUGAAUCAGGACAGUGGCAUUCCUCUCACUCAGCUGCAGGUGGAUGGAGGAAUGACUUCCAACAGGUUGCUGAUGCAACUGCAGGCGGACAUACUAUGCAUCCCCGUUGUAAAGCCGUCCAUGCCUGAGACUACCGCUCUGGGGGCAGCAAUGGCAGCCGGUGCAGCAGAGGGGGUCAGCGUGUGGAGUCUGAACCCAGACGACCUGAGUGAAGUGACGUCCGAGAAGUUUGAUCCUCAGAUCAACACUGAAGAGAGUGAGUUCCGGUAUGCGCGAUGGAAGAAAGCGGUUCAGAAGUCUAUGAACUGGGAGACCACAGAGCUUCCAUUUAAUGGAAAUGGUGAAAGCAGCAUCUUCAGCAGUGUCCCACUGGGCUUCUACAUCAUGGGCAGCAUGCUGAUGCUGAUUGGAGCCAAUUAUAUUGCAGGCCACAAAUAGUCUCCGGCAGCUGGCGGUAAUCAGGAUUUCAAUUUCUCCAAGAAGUCACUCCAGAAGAAAAAAAGGCUCUUGAAACAGAUACUGAAAGCAGAGCUGCCAACAUGAAAGCAUUUUUCGUUCUGUGUCCCUUGAAUACACUUUGCUGCUUUCCAGGUACAUAUUUUGUUUCAGUUUCAAGUGCAGUCUCAGACCUUGUACUGCAGCAGCAUGUGAUUGGUCUACUCCUAGUAGAUUAUUCCAAAGAAUACAGUCCACUUUCGCAAAUGCCCUCUCCUCUGAUUUUGGAUCAACAUUUGCAAUAACAUCGAUGGAUUAGUUCUCACUUUUCCAUUGUUCGCUCGCAACAAAGGUAGCUAACCAUCAGAGCCCUCGUAAAAUGACUUCAAGGUUGGCGGAUCUGUGAAUGUGACCUUUUUCCCCUUUUUAAAUUGUCUUGUUGAACAUGAACUACAGCAGGAGAAAGCAUGCAGGAUGUUUUGCUUACUAUGUCAAUGUGUUGUCGAUACUGCUGGAUUAACGUGAUCCUUAAAACCAGUACAUUCACACUACUUAUUCUUCAGUUACCACCCCUCCUAAAACUUGUUUUACUUCAUUUUUUUAGAGCACUUUAUAGGGUAUUUUCCUUUGUGGGUCUAUCAUUUUUUAAAGGGGAAAAAAUAUGUGGAAUUUCCACUUACAAAGUUGCUGAACUGAUUGUAAAUCAGACGUGAGCUUAAAAAUGUAUUUAAAUGUUGGUCUAUGGAUCUUCUUAUACGAAAGUGUCUAAUCAACGCACUUGAUCAAGUACUUGCAGAAUGAGUAUAGAUCUGUAUUUAUUUGUGUGUGCAUGCCCAAAUGGUAAAACUGUCAAGACCUAAAAGUUUCUUAAAUUAUGGACAGAGACUACUGUGGUAACCGUAAUGAAAAUGUGUCCUGUCAUUUUUUUGUAAUGUAUGAUCCUCAACAAGAUAUGCACUUUGUUCUGAUGCUUUCAUUGUUGUGGGAAAAUAUCGAUUACAUGCAGAAAAAUAUCAGAAAUAAAUUAUUCUUGAGAUAA